GUUUCUCCCCCGCUCUGACCACAUCCACUAAAGUCCCUCCACAGGCACGCAGUGUGCAGAGUGUUGGAGGCGUGUAGUGCUGACACUUUCCCCCAGCCCUCCAGUCCUGCUCUGGCCUGGCUCCAGCUACAGCCUGGCUCUCUGGUUCUGAUCAGACGGGCCCCCGCGCUCCAGUCCCUGGGGGGUCCAACUCUCCCACUCCACCCCCUCCAGAACACAAAGAGAGAGGGGGCCAGCUAAACUCUUGUCCUCCCACCACAGUUGUUUCCAAACCAACAGGAAUUUGGCUACCAGUUCCUUUAAUGUUUUCAAGAUGACUCUGACUGUUCUGAGGAAAUCCCCCCAUUUUAGUAGCCAUUUGAAAUUCCUUUUUGUUUUUAUUGCGAGGAAGUACGCACCGAGUUCCUCAGUCGGCUCCCAGGCUUCGUUCUGUGCAGUCUGUCAGUCAGUCUCUCUCUCUCUAGUGACUUUUCCAGGGUUGAGUUGCUGGGUUCAACUCAGAGCUGUUUGUCUGGGACUAUUUCUGCAGUCUGGUUAGUUUCAGUGUUCGUCUGGGUUCCUGUGACUGUGACAUGGUAUUACUGUGAUAGGACACGUCUGUUGUUCUGAAAUCAACUGAAGGACAGGAUUGGAAUAUUCCACUGACCAGAGAGCAAAGAGUCUGCUGCCACUAACAGUAUGUUCUUACUGGGUAGUGGUCUGAUGGGGAACUCCUCUGCCUCCUUCAUGGGUACGUUCCUGGCCAGCAGUCUGGGCUCGUCCUCCCACCCCUCUCACCCCUCCCGGCCCCCCUCCUCACCCUCUUCACCCGGAUCCUUCCGUGGUGGACCCCACUCCAGCGCCUCUCAGAUCUGGUUCCCUCACUCACACGAAGCAGCCCCGGGGUAUCCUCGAUUCUCAGGGAGUCUUGCCCACACCUUCCUUCCCAUGAGCCACUUGGAUCACCAUGCCAACAGCGGCGUCCUCUACGGGCAGCACCGUUUCUACGACACCCAAAAAGAGAACUUCUAUCUAAGAAGCCUUCCGUCCCAGCCCCCUCUCAUCUCAGCCAAUCACAGUCUUCCACCCAUCUCCAGGGCGGGGCCGGGACACCCUCAGGGCUCCUGCAGUCGGGACAUGGACCCAGGGGGCGGAGUCAGCCUACACAAGGGCCUGAAGGAGGGGUCCGUCGAGAGAGGGGUGGUCCCCAGCACCAAGGACAAGGAGAGGCCCAGCAGCAAACAGGAGGUCAAGGAGCGUCAGCAACACCACAGCCACCACCCCCAACCCUCACAUCCACACCACCACCACCCACACCCCGGCCACACACAGCCCCACCCCCACCAGCAGCACCCCCAGUACCCCCAGCACCCGGUCUCCCUGGAGGAGGUCAAUAGCAGAGCUCUGGAGAGGCACAUGGAGCACCAACAGACCCUAGGAAUGACCAGAACCCUCAGCGCCUGCCUGCUCAACGGAAAGAUGCAGAACGGGGGGGACUCUGGGACGGGGGAGCCAAGGCUUCCAUGA